CGCCCUCCCGCCCCGCCCCUCCGGCGGCGGGAGAGCUGCUGGCGCGCUCGGAGCUCGGAGCUGCCAGGCGGCGGGCGGCGGGCAGGGCGGGGUAGGUGUGCUGCGGCGGGACUGAGCCCCGCGCGGGGAGCAGGCACCAUGGUGCUGUCCGUGCCCGUGAUCGCGCUGGGCGCCACGCUGGGCACGGCCACCAGCAUCCUCGCGCUGUGCGGGGUCACCUGCCUGUGCCGGCACAUGCACCCCAAGAAGGGGCUGCUGCAGCGGGACCGGGACCCCGACCCGGAGAAGGCAAGACCUGGCGUGCUCCGGCCAGCCCAACAGUUCAAUGUUAAAAAAUCCACGGAGCCCGUCCAGCCCCGAGCCCUCCUCAAGUUCCCAGACAUCUACGGACCCAGGCCGGCUGUGACGGCCCCAGAAGUCAUCAACUAUGCAGACUACACGCUGAGGACCACGGAGGAGUCUGCUGUGUCUGCCAACCCCGCAGCCCUGAGUGACAGCCGCCUCAAGAGGCAGGUCACAGAGGAGCUGUUCAUCAUUCCUCAGAAUGGCGUGGUGGAGGAUGUCUGUGUCAUGGAGACCUGGAACCCAGAGAAGGCCGCCAGUUGGAACCAAGCCCCCAAACUCCACUAUUGCCUGGAGUACGAUCAGCAGAAGGCAGAGCUGUUUGUGACUCGUCUGGAAGCUGUGACCAGUGACCAUGAUGGAGGCUGUGACUGCUACAUCCAAGGCAGUGUGGCAAACAGAACAGGCUCUGUGGAGGCCCAGACGCCUCUAAAGAAGCGGGAGCUACACACUACCUGGGAGGAAGGCCUGGUGCUCCCCCUGGCAGAGGAGGAGCUCCCCACAGCGACCUUGACAUUGACCCUGAGGACCUGUGACCGCUUCUCCCGCCACAGUGUGGCCGGGGAGCUCCGCCUGGGCCUGGAUGGGGUAGCCGUGCCUCUGGGGGCCACCCAGUGGGGUGAGCUGAAGACCUCAGUUAAGGAAUCUUCUGCAGGAGCUGGAGAGGUCCUUCUCUCCAUCAGCUACCUCCCAGCUGCCAACCGCCUCCUGGUGGUGCUGAUUAAGGCCAAGAACCUCCACUCUAACCAGUCCAAGGAGCUCCUGGGGAAGGAUGUCUCUGUCAAGGUGACCUUAAAGCACCAGGCUCAGAAGCUGAAGAAGAAGCAGACAAAACGAGCCAAGCACAAGAUCAACCCCGUGUGGAAUGAGAUGAUCAUGUUUGAGCUGCCCGACGACCUGCUGCGGGCCUCCAGUGUGGAGCUGGAGGUGCUGGGCCAGGAGGGGGAGGGGCCGAGCUGCACGCUGGGCCACUGCAGCCUGGGCCUGCAUGCCUCAGGCUCCGAGCGCAGCCACUGGGAAGAGAUGCUCAAAAACCCACGCCGGCAGAUCGCCAUGUGGCACCAGCUGCACCUGUAGCCAGCCACCUGGGCCACCGUCCUACUUGGGCACAGCCCCACCCCUCCAGCUCCGCUGUCUUCUGCGACCUCCUCCUUGUGCCCCAUCCUCAUGCUGACACCCAGAAGACAGACGUGUUUGCAAAGGCCAGGACCCUAUGCCUCUCUCAUCACACUCCCGUUUCUAAAAAAUAAGCAAGGCAGGGCAGUGUGUGGACAUUUGGGUCACACGGAGGAAUUCAUUUUGCUCAUCUACGUCAUUGAAGAGACGCGUCAACUAUGGCCAAUGUGCAGUUUUUGCAGGGAGGGGGGUCAGGCCAGAGGCAGAGAAAGCUGAAUUGGGGGAAUAAUGGAUGCAAAGAAUGUGGCUUUCUUUAGAAAGCAUUUUGAAAACGAUAUAGGAAAAGAAGUAUCCUGGGUCAACUCAUAGAAUUAGAGAUUGUUAGGGCGGGGUGAACUCUUAGCCAGCAUUAAAUCAAUCUCCUGACCCAAGCAGCGACCCAGCAACUCUCAAACCUUAGUGUGUGAAGAAUCACCAGCAGAUUCCCAGGCCCACCUGUAGACAUUCCAAAUCAGUGUUCCUGGCUGGACCCCAGGAACCUGCUUUUUAAAAAAGCACUGAGUGGUUUUGAUGCAGAGGUUGGAGCACUGCACUUGGAGAAAUCCCUUCUACAACAUUCCAGAUGGGUUUUCACAGUCCAUGUUGGGGCCACAACACCCUGAAGCAGCCAGUUCCAAUGCUGGACAUCUGAACCAUCGGUGUGAAAGUUUGGGGCCGCUGUUUUUUAGUUAUUUUAAUUCUUAUUUUCAUUUGUGCUUUUCGGAUCCUGCUCUUGGAUUGAAUUUGUACUUUUUAUUGAAUAGCUUUAUUGUUUUAUCUCAUAGUCAGUUUAUAUUAUACAUGGGGCUGGGGGGAGGGCGGGGGGGAGGGGGCCUUGCCUGACAGUGUUUAGGUGGGAUCCCUUAUUAGUCAUUGGGUACUAGUUGUCACGUCCUCCAGCAUACCAAAGCAACCCUCUAAGACAGAUCUAUCCUUUCUCAGCAUUCCAGCCACUAUAGGAGGAAUUCAGUUCGGGGCACCUACUAAUUUAGUCUGAUACAUCUGGUGAUGUGGAUGUGGAGAAGUAAGAAAACUUUGAACAGGAAACAGACUUUUGCAAAUGUGCCUCCCUCUUCAGUUUUCAGGGCCUGUCAAUUUAUAAUCAGUAAAUAACCAGCAACUAGGUUUAAAACUCCUACCUUAUAAUUCGAAAUAGUUGUCCACAUCAUUAAUGAAAUUAUGAGCCUUGCUGAGUGGAUAUCAUAUUUGCCCAUGAACCAGGAUUCCUGGGUUCUGUUGUUGGCCAUCUGUAAGAUAGGAGUAAUGACAUGGCAGCUAUAUGUGUGCGAAUGAUGUGAUAGAUGAAAUAGUGCUCAAAAGCUGUAGGCAUUUCCUGGCGAAAAAACAAGCUCUGAGGCCACCAGCCGAUCGAUCAUCUUUAAGCUUUAAGUUGGCAGUUGACCAUGCCUGGAAAGCGCCACAACCAUCUCGGGUAUUUCCGGAACCACGGAUUUUGCAUUUGGACUCCUCAACACUGACAUCCAAACUCUAGGCUUUCUGAUGUCGCUUCAGUCCCCUGAUCUACUAGAGAAUUCCUAGACAAAACAGAUAAGGGCUACCCUUCAACCUUCAACAAGUCAAGUCAUUCUUGGCCUCUUCCUGAGAAUCCAAGCUGGGACCGUAUCACCUUUAGUCAUUAUUCAUUAUUCUCCCUCUCUGUGCAGAAGUAGAAAAGCAUUGGAAAUAACUCCUACUCACCCUCUGUGAAGAAACAAAAUAAAUAUCUAAUCCUUCUUUAAUGGGAAAGUCUUUCAGAUCAUUGGAAAUCUUGAUCACUAUGGUGGACCACCUCCUGCUAAGUUUUUUUUAGGCAAAGCAUUUGUUAGUGAUCAUGUUUUUGAGAUCCUCUCCCCCACCACCACUCUGGUCUCCCUUUUUUUGGAUGGCAUGGCUAAAAGAGAAGAAAACAUUCUCUGUGUAAGCUGACCAGGACUCUCUUCUUGGUCAUACCUGCUACUCCAAUCUGAAAAGGCCUGGCUUCUAGACUUUAAAUCAGGAAACGUGGUUCCACUUCCUUAUAUAUCUAUGUGCCUGCCUUACAGUCACACCAAAGGAUGUUUGAGGUGGGUUGGGUAGGAUCUGUCAUCCCAGAAAUAUCAACUCUACCCAUGGUCAUUCCACCAUGAGACAUUUAUUUCUUUGGACUCCAAAGGUUUAGUUUUCCGGAAUCUCCAAACUAAAGGCUACCCCUGAGAAGAAUCAAAUGCCACCACAGGAGGCACAGGUGUCAGCCAUCACCUCACUUAGAGGGCAUAUACAGAAAUGAGAUAGGUUUUCCAGGGGGUUUUGUCUGUUUUGUUCACUCAUGUAUUCCAAGCUCCUAAAAUAAAGCUGACUCAUGGGCCCUCAAUGAAACAUUUGUCGAAUGAAUUAGUGAAUACAGGACAGAUAAGGGAGUAGACACAAAAAGACACUGCAAAUAGCAUAAAAAUCAAAAUACUAACUGGUUUCUGAAUGGUAAAGACAUAAAAAAUCUCAGUUGGCUUUGAAAUUCAUGGCAUUGAGUCAUUCACCUAAUGACAAUUCAUAGCUCUCCGUGUAAAUGUAAUUAAUGAUAGAAGAGAAUAUAAUCACUGUGCUUCUCAAACUCCAUCGUGGUGAAUUUUAUAUUACCCAGAGAUAUCAGACUGCCAGAUCAAAAAACUUCAGUAAUCUCUGCAUCAGCUGACCUUGUACCAGAUACAUUUGUAAUUUACUACCAAAUGCGAGUAAUUGAGUCUAUGUGAGUGCAUCUGAUCUUUUUGAAAGGGACACCUUGUACUUUGCUAGGGAGCGUUUUCUAAGAAGGGCAUGCAGCAGAGGUGAAAAUAAAGCGAGAAAGCAUCUCAGACUGGGCUGCUGUCCACGAGGUGAUCUGGUUUUUUCAUAGAUCCUGUGAUGAGGAUAAAGCAUUGAGAGUCCACACUCAUGAAUCUGUGACUCCACUUCUUAAGUAAAAUCAAUAUAUAGUUGUUGAGUGACUAUUGAUCAAGACCUUGCACGCGUCUCUCCAUUUCUAAUUUGAGAUAUGACUCUUGGUGUGGGUUGAGUGACAAAUCACCCCAAAUGACACAAUGUAGAGAGAGCAAGAUGGAAGGAGGCACAGUUCUUCACAGGCAAUUUCUUUGGGAUGUAAGGAGUCCUGGGUGGCAGGUGACUGCGGCCUAAGCCAAAUCGAGGUGAAGACCCAGAAAAGAGAAAUCUACUCCUCGUGAUUUGUUGCUGCUGCCCAUGUUUCUCAUUGUCAAUGCUAAGUGUGUGUUUGUUUUGCAAUUAUGAACCGAAGCACAAAAAGGCGCAUGAGACAUUGUAGUCAUAUGUCUGGUGUCACACUUUUGAGCAAAAACCUUUCAGUGGUCAAUAAAUAGUUUCCAACUGGGUUAA